AUGGCUGCCCACCGCUCCGCUACCCGUGCUCUUGCACGCGCCUUCACCGCCCGCACUGCUGCUGCGCCCGCAGCUCGCGUCGCCCGUCCCUUCUCUGUCUCCGCCUUCAGGGCCAACGCCGUCCACGAGAAGGAGGUUCCCAUCGUCAGCUGGCCCGCCACCAAGGAUGGCAAGUCCUCGAUCCCCGUCAACCCUGGCCAGCAGGCCGUCAAGGAGGAGCCCGCUGAGCCCACUGAGGUCGUUCCUCUCACCGCCGAGGCCUACGAGAAGAUGACGCCCAUGAUGCAGAAGAUGACUGUUUACGGCAAGGUCAUCAUUAUUACUGGGUACGUUCCGCUCCAUUCACGAAAAGAAAAACGUGGUGCCCGUGGUCUCGGUAACCACAUGGCCCGUGCUUGCGCUGAGGCCGGUGCCAAGGCUCUCGUCCUCUUUGACGCCAACGAGGAGCUCGGCAAGGAGUCUGCCAACGAGCUCUACCAGAAGACCAAGAUUCCCGUCACCUUCCUCAAGGUUGACGUUCGUGAUGGCGACGCUAUUAACGCCGCUGUUGACCGUGUCGUUGAGCUUUACGGAUGCCCUGACGUCCUGGUCAACUCUGCUGGCAUUGCUGACUCCAACAUCAAGGCUGAGGAGUACGACAGCUCCAUGUUCAGGCGCCUGAUUGACAUCAACCUCACUGGUACCUUCCUCAUGUCGCAGGCCGUCGGCAAGAAGAUGAUCGCCCACGGCAAGCCGGGCUCCAUCGUCCUCGUCGCCUCCAUGUCCGGCACCAUUGUCAACUACCCCCAGGAGCAGUCCUGCUACUACGCCUCCAGGCCGGCGUGUCCAGUUCGGCAAGUCCAUCGCCGCUGA